CUCUUUCGGGGGUUUAUCAGUAUUACAACACUAGCUACUGUUACGCAACUCUCUCAGCGCCAUGGGAAAGAAGAAAAGCAAAGAUGGUGGCGAUGACAGAGCCAAGAGCGAGCACAGUCCCUCCACUGUCUUCGUUUCCAACUUACCCUAUUCCUUCACAAACUCUCAGUUGGAGGAAACUUUCAGCGAUGUUGGUCCGGUUCGGCGGUGUUUCAUGGUUACGCAGAAGGGAUCAACCGAGCACCGGGGCUUUGGUUUUGUUCAAUUUGCUGUUACCGAAGAUGCUAACCGUGCUAUUGAGUUGAAGAAUGGCUCUUCUGUCGGAGGUCGGAAAAUUGGCGUUAAACAUGCUAUGCACCGACCUUCCCUUGAGCAGCGUCGAUCAAAGACAAGUCAAGCUCCAAAACCGGAUGAUAAAGAAGAAGAAGUAAAUGUCAAAGAUGGUUCUGCUUCCAAAUCUGAAGAAGCUACUUCAAACUUGGAGGAAAAGGUUGUUGCUGUGAAAAAAGUUUCAGAGAAAAAAGUGGUGGUUGGAAAGGCUACAACACUUCAUAAAGAUCUGGAGGAUAAAACUGGUUGUUCAGAGAAACAAAGGGUUGCUAGGACUGUGAUAUUAGGUGGUCUUCUUGAUGCCAAGAUUGCAGAGGAUGUCCACAGCCAAGCUAGAAAGAUUGGUACUGUAUGUUCUGUAGCAUACCCGCUUCCAAAAGAAGAGCUUGAGAAGCAUGGUCUUAUGCAAGACGGAUGCAAAGGGGGUGCUUCGGCAGUUCUAUAUACAAGUGUCAAAUCAGCUCGUGCUGCUGUUGCAAGGCUGCACCAAAAAGAGAUUAAAGGGGGUGUUGUUUGGGCACGUCAGCUGGGUGGGGAGGGUUCCAAGACUCAGAAAUGGAAACUUAUUGUUAGAAACCUUCCUUUCCAGGCGAAAGCAAAUGAGAUAAAGGAUAUGUUUUCACCAGCAGGGUUUGUCUGGGAUGUAUUUAUUCCUCAAAACUCUGAUACCGGGCUUUCUAAGGGUUUUGCAUUUGUCAAAUUUACAUCUAAAAGUGAGGCAGAAAAGGCAAUUCAAAAGUUCAAUGGGCAGAUGUUUCGAAAAAGACCAAUAGCAGUUGACUGGGCUGUUUCUAAGAAAGUGUAUAGCCGAGACAAUGAUACGAAUCUUACUUCAGAAAAUGGAAAAGAAAAUGAAAGUGGCGGGGAGACAGAAAGUGAUAGUGAUGAUUCUGAUGAUGAUGUUGAAGAUUCCAGUAGAAAAUCAAAGCACGUUGAUGGUGAUAGGGCUUCUGAUGACAUCGAGAAAGAAGGAAGCCCUCCAGAGGUUGAUUUUGAUGAAGAAGCAGACAUAGCAAAAAAGGUUUUACAGAACUUAAUAACAUCCUCUAUUAAAGGAACUCUUCCUUCUGGGGAUGAUGAUCCUGCACUUCCAGAGAAAAACACAGAUGUUAAUAUGGAUGCCUCUGAUGCUUCUGGUGAGGUGCUUAAUGAGUCAUCUCACGAGUCUGAGAAACCACCAGAUGUUUCUAAGCCUGAAAAUUCUGAUAAAAGCAAGGCAUCAGCAGUUAAACAAACAGAGGACAAGGAGGAAUUGCAUAGAACACUUUUCAUAAGCAACCUCCCAUUUGAUAUUGACAAGGAAGAAGUAAAAGAACGAUUUUCUGCUUUUGGGGCAGUGCAAUCCUUUGUCCCAGUUCUUCAUCCAGUGACUAAGCGGCCAAGAGGAACUGGUUUCCUUAAGUUCAAAACAAUAGAUGCUGCAACUGCUGCUGUUUCAGCAGCUAAUGCUGCAUCAGGUGUGGGGAUCGUCCUGAAAGGUAGACAAUUGACUGUCUUGAAGGCUUUGGAUAAAAAAUCAGCUCAUGAAAAGGAAAUAAACAAGACCAAGAAUGAGGAUCUUGAUCAACGCAAUCUCUACCUGGCGAAGGAAGGUCUUAUUCUUGAGGGAACUUCAGCUGCAGUAGGCGUUCCUGCCAGUGAUAUGUUAAGACGUCAAAUGUUGGAAAGAAAGAAGACAACAAAGCUUCAGUCUCCAAAUUUCCACGUCUCAAAGACUAGACUUGUUAUUUACAAUUUGCCUAAGACAAUGAAUGAAAAAGAACUUAAAAAGCUUUGUGUAGACGCUGUUAAAUCACGAGCUACAAAGCAAAACCCUGUAAUUCGACAGGUAAAGAUAAUGAAAGAUAUGAAGAAAGGAAAGGAGGUCGCAAAGCAUCACUCUCGUGGAGUUGCUUUUGUUGAGUUUUCAGAGCAUCAACAUGCACUAGUUGCCCUGAGAGUUCUCAAUAAUAACCCUGAAACUUUUGGUCCUGAUCACCGCCCGAUUGUAGAGUUUGCUGUUGAUAAUGUUCAAACACUGAAGCUAAGGAAAAGUCAUCAACAACGAGCUCAGUUCAGGUCCCGUGAUGAUUCACAAGAUGUAAAGCAAAAAAGUGACGAUGUGAAUGAACCAGAUUCCCAUCCAAACGAGAAGAAGUCCAGAAAACGAAAACCCAAGGGUGAGAAUCAAACCCCUGAUGAUGCUACAGCAAACAAAAAAGAUGAGACCGAAAAUGUGGCCACUGCUGGCAAAGAACGUGGAGCGUGGAAGAGGCAGAAAAACAAUCCAGCAGUUGGGAAUGUGAGAAAGCCUUCAUUGAAAGAAAUACCAGGAGACUCAAAACCGAAAGCAGAAGUCUCGGAAGGAGGAGGGAACAUGGGAAAGCGGCAAUAUGGCAGAAAACCCAAUGAUGCUCGGAGAUCGAAAUCUUUCGAGGGGACUGAUACACAGCCUAAAAAGAGGAAGCAGCAAAUUUCUACAGAAAUGGAGAGAAGAAAAAGGCCAAAGAAGAACAAAGAUCCACAAGGGAGAGAUAUGGGAGAUAAGCUUGACAUGCUUAUCGAACAAUAUCGAUCCAAAUACUCGAAACCAAGUUCCAACCAAACUGAUGGCGAGAAGCCUGGUUCAGGAAAGCUCAGAAAAUGGUUCCAGUCUUAGUCAUCUGUAGUUGGCAUAUGCCUACUUUGGAUCCCACAUUUUAUGUUAUAGAUUAUACAAGACGGCAAUUCAUUUGCCCAUAAAUUUUGAGCUUUUUUAACUUAACAAUUUUGCUUUUAAAUUGGAGAAAUGUCUAAAUUGUGUUAGAUCAAAGAAUAGUCCUGUUCCCUUUAACA